AUCGCUCCACCGUAAACAAUAACAUGCAGAACAGUUUUUAGGGGCUUUAGCGGCCGUGUUCCUAUGGUAUAACCAGCCCCCUAAAACACUGAAGAUGAUAACAGAUUUUACCCGAAGAUGCCCAACACACCACGCAGAAAGGAAUCGUUUACACUAAGAUUUGUUGAUAGUUUAAACGAAGAAAUAGUUUUAUCCAAGAACACCAGUACUUCCAAGAAAAGGUUGGGUAAAUUCCGGGAAGAAAGGGUGGAAAGUGUUGCAUGAAGACCACUGCCAAUAUUUUCUGCCCCAACAUAAACACGGGAAAAGUAGAAAAGUCCAGUAAAGAGGAACUUUUAGAGGAUCCUGCACUGGAAAUCAUCUAUACGUAUAAUCAAGCUGCAUGUUCACUGACCAACACUGGAAGACCUACAAUAAAAAAUAUAUAUAGCUAGUGACUCCCCCAGCCCUGACAUUGCCUUCCAGUCCUUAACCUCACAACAAUCUUCUUACACAAGACUGGCAAGCUCAGCAGGAUUUUGCCCCCACAUCAGAGGUACAUUAUCGUAUUACAAAGUCUUGAACAACCUGAGUUUUAGAGGCUGUGGGUCCAUGGACUAUCCUCCCUUCUUAAAUACUGAAGAGGAGGAAUGUGCAGAUAUGUAGAUUUACAGCUCUUUCACGUUUGGCCAACAAGACUCACUUGCAGACAAAUUCACCAGGACUGGCUACAGCAGUAGAUCACCACAAGUGUUAGGCAUGAGCCUCUAGGCAAGACUAAGUAAAUUAACUAGACCCCCGUCAGUCUUGCUGACCAUCCCCUCUCCAGUCCCAUCCUUCAUCUGGCCCAUCAACCCUCCCCAACCAGCCUUGCCAUGGAGGGGAGGACCUGUCUGGUGUGUGGGGUGCCCCAGGGUCCUGGCCUCACAGUGUUCCCCUUGCCCCGCAGCAGUCACCAGCGUGGGGCCUGGCUCGCUGCCCUGCAGGAUGCCACAAUUCAGACUGACUGGCUUGCAGGCAGCUCAGAGUAUGGAGUCUGUGAGAGACACUUCAACCCUCAGGACAUCAAGAGAGGCAGGAAGCCAAGUCUGAGCCGCAAGGCCAUGCCAUGGUGCCUGAGCAGUGGCUACCUGAGGAAGGCGGGAGAGGGCACCAACAGCAUCACCAACCAGAUGACAGACACCACCACCUGGCAGGGGCCUGAGGGCUGCACCAAGGCUCCAGAUGACUGUGUAACAGUGCCCACCAUGGAGGACUACCCGCCUCAAGAUUCUCCCAGCUGCCUGGUGGAGAAUGGUCUGGUGGGAGGCCCCAAUGCCUUCAUGGAGGAGUGUGUGUGUCUGGUGUGUGGGACAAAUGGCAGGAGCUGCAACCUGGUGGGGCUGCUCAGUGUAGGGCCCCAGCCAGGCAAGGUUCCUCUGAGUCUGCAGCUGGCCCGGCUUGUGGGGCGGGCCAAGCGCGAGGUGCUGUAUGUGAGUGUGAUGAUCUGCUCCAGGUGUGAAGCUCUGGUGCAGGAGGUGGCUCAGAUGGAGGAAGACCUCAAGUCAAAAAAGCAGAAUGUCAAGAAUAUGUUUGAGGCCACUCUGCAGUGCCAUAAAGAGAAGAUGAAGGUGAGUCAGGACUCCUCAGCAGGCGUGUGUGAGCCGCCCAACCGCUACCCUGAAGUGCACUGUGACGAGGCCUUGGCAUUUGACUCCAGCCAACCGGAGAAGGCUGAUGAUGACAGUGGCAGUUACUCGGUUGAAGAAAAGGAGCUGGAGGGGUCCAGGAAGACAAGUCGAAGAAGAGCCACGGCCAAGAAGUACUGUUGUCCCCAGUGCCACGAGGUGUACACCAGCCUGGCCCUGUGGGUCCAUCACUUGUCCAAACACUCAGACACAGAAGAGCCAGCCGUCCCUGGCAAGGCCAGGCAGGCAGCAAACAAGGUGAAGAAGAAGCAGAAGGUCGGGGGUGUGCAUGCCUGUGAGGAGUGUGGCUCAACCUUCCUGUGCAAGCAGAGUCUGGUGGCCCACACUGCCACCCACCAGAAGAGCUGGGACUGCUCGGUGUGUGGCCGCUACCUCACCACCAAGGCCCGCCUCAAGGCCCACCUCUUCAAGUUUCAUGCCAUCGGGGAAGAGAGGAACAAGGAGGUGGCAUGCCAGGACUGUGGGAAGUGUUUUGGCACCAAGGCUGGCCUGCGCUACCACCGCAAUGUGGUGCACCGUGUGGGGGCCGAGUACCAGUGUGGACACUGUGACAAGGUGUUCCACUACCAUGUGCCUUACCGCAGCCACUUGCUCUAUGCCCACGGGGAGAAGAAGGUUGUGUGUGAGACCUGUGGGGAGAAGUUUUUCACCAUCUCCAAGCUCAACACUCACAUCAACGCUGUCCACAGGAGUGCCCAGUCAUGGACCUGUGACGAGUGCCAGGCCAAGUUUACUACACAUACAGCUUACCGGCACCACAUCAAUGUGAAGCACCUCAAGGUCCACCACCCCUGCAGCUACUGUGGUUCUCAGUUCCGCAAAAAGUCAUCUCUGUUGCUCCACCUUUGGAAGCACUCGGUUUACAUCUGCCAUGUGUGUCGGCAAAACUUCCCCAGUGGCGAGGACUUGAGGAGCCACGCAUCUAGCGCCCACGGCCGUGAGCUGGGCUGGAGGGGCCGCAGGAAGCAUGGCCCCACCCUGACUCAGGACAAGAAGCUGGUUGUAGGGCCGGAGUCUGGCUUGCAGAAGGCUCCAGCUGCCACACCCCCUGAGCAGCACCUGCAGCAGAGUGAGCACGUGGCCUCCAUUGUGAUCAAUGACCUACUGAUGGCCGAGACCUACGACAACAGCAGCUUGCAGCCCUUCUCUCUGUCGGCCUGUGAGAAGCUGCCUGAGAAGGUCACUUACCCUGUCCAUGACCAGCUAAAGAUGAAGACCCUGGGCAUGAUGGAGACCUCAAGAGACCUGGACCCGGCACAAUUUGGCACCGUGGAGGUCAAGUCCUCCUCGCCAGACCACAUGGAGAUGGCCCCGAGCGUGUCCCUCAUCAAUGUGCAGAUCCUGGGCGACAUGGAGAUAUCCCAGAGUGACACACUGGGGGACCUCAAGGGCAGCAUCCUGGACCCCGAGGACCCGCCCCACCACCACCUGCCUGUCGACACGCGCCUGCCGGGGGAGCACCUGUCCGUGGCCCCGGAGCUGGAGGCGCCCCAUCCCCUGGAGGCUGCGGCAGACCACUUGGAGGUGGCCAGUCUUGACUCUGCCAGCGACCACCUGAGCAGCGCUGCCACCAUCCAGGUGCCGGACGCCCUGGAGGAGGCACCGGGGGAGCUGCACCUGGACCCCCACCACGAGUGUCCGCUGCCAUCCAUCGUCACCUCCAUGGAAGCGGAUGGCAGCCAGCUGGUGGAGGAGGACGAAGCCGCCUGUCUUGGCGAGGAGGGAGAGGACAAAGGGGGUGAGGGGGACCUCCACAAGCAGAUGGACCAGGUGGAGCCGGUGGACCUGGAACCUUUCUCUGUGGCCUUGGGGGGCAAGGGGGAGGUCCAGUACCAGUAUGUCAUGUACAUUUCUGCCCCUGGGGAGGACUCCAACCCAGGGUAACAACAGGCCCACAGGGUCACCUCAGCUUUAAACAAUACUUUGAAUGAGUGAUAAGUUAUAGUUCAGAGUUGGUGGUGGGCUGGUCAUGAACUGUUUGCUUCCUCUUUGUGCAUCAUGAUAAUACUGUGCUUGUGGUGGACAGCAGCAGCUCACACCUCCGUCUCUCUUGGUCUCCUGCAAUAUCAGUUACCUUGCAGUGGCCAUAGCUUGACACUUCUCUGAACAACCACGUACAGCUCUAGGGCCAAGGUAAUGGGCGAGUGGUUUCUCCCAACACCACUGUGGCGGAGGUCUGGGACGCUCAACCAAGAUAUUAUGAGCUCCACCUGAAUCAACCCGCUCAACCCUGAAUUUGUGUUGUGUAAAGAUUACUCCAGGUGAAUUACUCGUGUGCAGCAGCCAAAUUGUGAUGCGGCUCAGGUUCAGGGAAGAAUUUGGGAGCAUCGUGCAGUGUUCGGUUGAGUGCAGCAGAGUUCAUGGAGGCUGCCGAAAAGAUAUUAAGUACAGGAUCUUAAGGCCGAGUCACACUUGGCUGAAUUUGCUUCCGAAUCAGCUGGUUGAAUUCAUGAACAAAUUUGGGCAAGUUUGAUAUAGGCUUAAGGCUUGUUCUUCGCAUCCCCGCAUCCUUUCCUCCCACUGCACCAUGUUGGGCAGCUGUGGGACAUGGAAAGACCGGAAGAAGAUGCCUUUAUCAUAAUAUGCCUAAGGAAUCCAGUUUUGUUAGAAAAUAAAAUGUUGACCUACACAA